CUGACGUCAUUAGUGACACGUAUAUUCAAGAUGGCGGCCGUGGCUUGGGAGACGGGGUGGGCCUUGGUCCUCGUGUCGACCUUCCACGUCGUCUUCCCAUUCUACGUUCCUGGAGUUGCUCCGCAGGACUUUCGUGAUAAUGAGCCAGUGGAUAUAAAGGCAGUAAAGCUUACGAGCUCCCGAACCCAGCUUCCUUAUGAAUACUACUCGUUGCCUUACUGUAAGCCAGAGGCCAUUCUCUACAAGGCGGAGAACCUUGGCGAGGUGCUGCGGGGGGACCGCAUCGUGAACACGCUGUACAGCGUGGCCAUGAAUCAGAACAAGAAAUGUGAGGUGGUGUGUGACAAGAAGAAGCUCAGCGUGGCGGAGAGCAAGCUGGUGGCGGAGCGGAUCCAGGAGGAGUACUACGUCCACCUGAUUGCAGACAACCUGCCGGUGGCCACGCGGCUGGAGUUCUACCCCAACAGAGAGGCCGGGGCCGAGGAGGAGCAGAGGAAGGACUUGGUGAAGGACGUCCAGUACGAACAUGGCUACAGGCUGGGUUUCACAGACAACAACAAGUUCUACCUGCACAACCACCUCUCCUUUGUGCUCUACUACCACCGAGAGAGGCUGGAGGAGGGGAACGACCACGACUACCGGGUGGUGCGCUUCGAGGUGGUGCCCCAGAGCGUCAAGGUUGAAGACCUGAAGCCAGUGGAGAGAGCAUGCACACUACCAGAGGCCAGCGGCUCCGCACCCCAGGAGAUCGACCCCAGCAGAGAGAACGAGGUCCUCUUCACCUACUCUGUGGACUGGAAGGAGAGCCAGAUCAAGUGGGCCUCGAGGUGGGACACCUACCUGACCAUGAGUGAUGUCCAGAUCCACUGGUUCUCCAUCGUCAACUCUGUGGUGGUCGUCUUCUUUCUGUCUGGCAUUCUGAGCAUGAUCAUCAUCAGGACCUUAAGGAAGGACAUCGCCAACUACAACAGGGAGGAUGACAUUGAGGACACCAUGGAGGAGUCUGGCUGGAAGAACGUCCACGGAGACGUCUUCCGCCCGCCGCAGUACCCAAUGAUCCUCAGCUCCCUGCUGGGCUCUGGCAUCCAGCUGUUCUGCAUGUUCCUCAUCGUCAUCUUCGUGGCCAUGUUGGGGAUGUUGUCUCCAUCCAGCCGAGGGGCUCUGAUGACCACAUCCUGCUUCCUCUUCAUGUUCAUGGGCGUGUUCGGGGGCUACUUCGCUGGGCGGCUCUAUCGCACACUCAAAGGCCAUCGGUGGAAGAAAGGAGCGUUCUGUACGGCCACGCUGUAUCCAGCAGUCGUCUUUGGAAUCUGUUUCGUCCUCAACUGUUUCAUCUGGGGUGAACACUCCUCUGGAGCGGUCCCCUUCACCACCAUGCUGGCCCUGCUGUGCAUGUGGUUUGGCAUCUCCAUGCCCCUGGUCUACCUGGGCUACUACUUUGGCUUCCGGAAGCAGCCUUAUGAUAACCCUGUGCGCACCAAUCAGAUCCCGCGGCAGGUCCCGGAGCAGCGCUGGUACAUGAACAAGUUUGUAGGAAUCCUGAUGGCCGGUAUCCUCCCCUUUGGUGCCAUGUUCAUCGAGCUCUUCUUCAUCUUCAGCGCCAUCUGGGAGAACCAGUUCUACUACCUGUUUGGUUUUCUGUUCCUGGUGUUCAUCAUCCUGGUGGUGUCCUGCUCGCAGAUCAGCAUCGUCAUGGUCUACUUUCAGCUCUGUGCAGAGGACUACCGAUGGUGGUGGAGAACAUUCCUGGUGUCUGGAGGCUCAGCUUUCUAUGUCCUGGUCUAUGCUGUCUUUUACUUCAUCAACAAGCUGGACAUUGUGGAGUUCAUUCCCUCUCUGCUGUACUUUGGCUACACGGCCCUGAUGGUCCUCUCCUUCUGGCUGCUCACCGGCACCAUCGGCUUCUACGCAGCCUACAUGUUCAUCAGGAAGAUCUACGCCGCUGUCAAGAUUGACUGACAUGCUUUUCUUUCUUUUUUUGAGGAGUUAUUUUUUUGCCACAUUUUUUUUAAUCUAUAUUUUAUUCAUGUCUAGCAAGCACUGACUUGUGUGACUGUUUGUGUGUGUGUGUGUGUGUGUGUGUGUGUGUGUGUGUGUGUGUGUCUGCGCGCGUGUGUGAGGGGGGAAGGGACAGCCAACGUGGGAGUUUACGGUGUUGACAGCUUCACUCACCGACCUGAAGGAGGAAAGAAACCAAGAAGCUGGCACACACGCUGCUGUUCCCCUCGCCAUCUUUUACUCUCAUGCUCCCUGGGACCGACUGCUUUCUUCUGGUUUAGGACGUGUGCGAUGCUGUUGAACCUUUCACACCAGAGAUGGGCCAAAAUACGUCUUGUUGUCUGUAAUUCUUUGAUCAUUUUUUGGACUUUUUUUAUGAGCUGUAUCAGUUGGGCAGGUCUUUGUUAUCCUUAUUUUUAACCGAAGCGUUGGUCUAUGAAUGAAAAUAAUUAUAUUAAUAUUAUAGUGGCUUUACUCUUUCUUUUCUCUUCUCUUGUGAAAAAGGACUUUGUGAUCACGUUAGUUUUCUACGAUCAGAGGUGGUAGUUGGGACUGUGGUGGUAACGGCGCUGGGGUUGAUUUGGUAGAGCCCAGAAAGGCUUGAUAAUUCUGUAUGAAACGUGGGAGGAUAUUAAACAGUUGGAUUUGUAUUUGUCCCUGUGUGCCCAUUUUCAUUUAGACACGGCUCCGAUCAUAAGCUUUCUUUUUCCAAAAGAUUUUGGCUAAUUCUGCCGAUUGGGGGCGGGGGUUGGUCUCACCGCUGCUGAGCACAGGCUACAGACGUGUUGAAGUUACAUGACCAAUCACAGAGCCAGAGUUCUCAUUGAUGCUGCUGCCGUUAAUGGAAACAAUGAAAUACAAUGCAAAGUGAGGACUACCAUGUAUGUGUAAUUAUAUAAAAGAUCAGAAUGUGGACCUUUAUGAUAAAAUGACACUUGAAUGGAU